UCUCUUCUUCUUCUUCCUCUACCCGCCAUUAACGCACUAUUCAAGGACUCGUUUCUCUCUGAAGCAGAAGCGUUCGAAGAAUCACUACUACACCAAGCGUGCUUUAAUAUCGAUGAGCAUGAAGCGUGCAUAUCACGUCUAAAAUUCGCGCCUGAACGAGGCGAUCCACGGGGGCCUCUCCCAAUUCUCCAUGCGGCGAUCCGGGGAACAAUCUCCGACGCAGUCCGCACAGUCACCGGCAUCUCAACCCUCGCAACGCACGUCAAGAGCCGGCGGGAGGAGAUGGCGAUCGACGACUGCGUCGAGCUGCUCGGCUACUCUGUCGACGAGCUCGAGUGGUCCCUCACCGAGAUGGUCAACAUCGACAUCGGCGUGCCCAGCUACGGCUCGCGGCAUGACGGUAACAUCCGCGCGUGGCUCAGUGCAGCGCUGGGGAACCAAGACACGUGCCUCGACGGCUUCGACGGAACAGACGGGCGGGUCCGACUUGCGGUGGAGCGGAGGGUGGCGCACGUGACGCAGCUUGUGAGCAACCUCCUCGCCAUGCACAAGAGGCUCCGGAGCGUAAUUCUCCACGUCGGGCUCCCGAAGAACGUCACUGAAGGGGGCGGCGCCGACCGGGGGUUCCCGACGUGGAUGACACCGGAAGAAGAAGAAGAGUUGGUGCACGCGGGCGCAAAAUCCAUGCGGGUGGACGCCGUGGUGGCGGCGGAUGGGUCCGGAAGGUUCCGGACGAUCAGCGAGGCUAUAGACAAUGCUCCGAGUUAUAGUACGAGGAGGUAUGUUAUAAUGGUGAAGAGGGGGGAGUAUAAGGAGAAUGUGGUGUUGAAGAAGAAGAAGACGAAUAUUGUGCUUGUCGGGGAGGGAAUGGGGUUGACCGUAAUUUCCGGAAGUAGGAGCUUCAUGGCAGGGUGGACCACGUUCAGGACUGCUACUUUUGCUGUGUCCGGUUCGGGAUUCAUUGCGCGGGACAUAACCUUCCGCAACACGGCGGGCCCACAGGGCGGCCAAGCGGUGGCCCUCCGAGCCGAUUCGGACCGCUCCGCCUUCUUCAGAUGCAGCAUCGAGGGCUAUCAGGACACGCUCUACUCUCACUCCCUCCGGCAGUUCUUCCGCGACUGCAACAUCUACGGCACCGUCGACUUCAUCUUCGGCAACGGCCUCGUCGUGUUCCAGCACUGCAACAUCUAUCCGCGAAGACCCCUCCCCAACCAGAAGAUCACAAUCACGGCCCAGGGGCGCAAGGACCCGAAUCAGAACACGGGCUUUUCGAUCCACAAUUGCUUCGUAAACGCGGCCUACCCUACGUACUUGGGCCGACCCUGGAAGCCAUACUCGAGGACAGUUUUCAUGCAAUCGUACUUGGGACCCGGCGUUCAGCCGGCAGGUUGGCUCGAGUGGGCCGGAAAUGUUGGACUGAAUACGCUGUUCUACGGAGAGUACAUGAACUACGGGCCAGGGGCGUCCCUCGGCCGGCGAGUCGGUUGGCCUGGGUAUCAUAUUAUAAGGGAUGCGGCGGUCGCUGGCAUGUUUACGGUGCGGCGAUUCAUCGGUGGGCUUUCAUGGUUGCCGGGAACUGGUGUUCUUUACACAGCUGAUUUGCUCAAAUAGAUUGAUUUUUGGUUUUUUUUAAAUUAAAUUUAAGUCUCGUAUUAUAUUCACUCCAAAAGAGGAAAAGAAUAGAAUUAUAUAGUUUAGUUUAUUUUACGUUUAACAUGAUCGGUAACAGUAUUAGUAGUUUAAACUAUUAUCAAAGCAAACCACCACUAGGUGCUAGCCUAUAAAGUUAGCCAGGUUGGGGAAACAAUCUAGUAGGUUAGUUACAAGGUACAAUUAGUAAACUUUGCUAACAUUUUGCUAACAUUUCUACCACCUAAAAAAGAUUUAUUUUACUA